UGAUUUUAAUCAAAAGUUAGACAUUUACACAAGAAGCUGAGCAGUUUCAAAUGUCAAGCUCUAGUAAAAAAGCAUCAAAACCUUUUAGCCGCAACGCUGGUGAUUGGACAUGUCCAGAUAAAAAUUGUGGAAAUUUGAAUUUUGCUCGUCGUGAUCAUUGCAAUAGAUGUGACAUGGCAAAGCCGAAAGAUGAUUCAAAGAAGGCAAGUGAAAUUGGACAAGCUGCUGCUAAAAAUAGUCGCGGUCUUUUCAGUGCCGAUGACUGGUCGUGUUUGAAGUGUGGCAACAUCAAUUGGGCUAGAAGGAGCUCUUGCAACAUUUGUAAUGCAAAGAAAUUCGCUGAUGAUCAGAGAACUGGAUACGGCGGUGGUUACAAUGAACGAGAUGUUGUUGAAUACAAGGAACGCGAGUCAUCAGACUCCGAAUAUGAUGAAUUCGGUCGAAGAAAGAAGAAAACUAACGACCAUAGUAAAAAGGAAGAUUCAAGGCGUAACGACAAAGUGACAAGCAAUAAUUCCAAAGAAGCUCAAAAAAAUCCUCACGUGUCCAAUGAUGACGAAGAGGAAAGCGGAAGCGACGAAGAUUUAUCAAAAUACAAUCUUUUUGAUGACGAUAUCGAUAUUGAAGCUUUUAAGAAAGGAAAAUAG